GAAAAAAGAAAAAAGUAUUUGACUUAAUUUAUCAAAAAAUGUUUGCUUGUAGUAAUGAUUCCAGAUUAAAAUUGGAUGAGACAAAGAAGAACUUUGUAAUCAAGUAAUCAUUUUAUUAAUUAAAUAAUAGAGAGCUUGUUCUACAACAUCAUCUCUUUCUAUUCUUAAUAUAUUCCAAAUUUUUGGUAAAAGAAUUUUCUUAUUUUAGUAGCAAUUUGAAGAUAAAAUUCAUUCAGAAGAUGGAAAACUCUUGGAUUUGUUAUCAGAAAUAAAAUUUAUAGAACUCUCAGAUUCAAAACCUUAAAUGAACACUUUCCAAAUUAAUAAUGAUGAAUCUGUCAAGUUGAGAUGUAAAUCCUAAAUUUUUUUAUAAUUUUUAGAUGCCUUAUCUUAUCAGAUGAUAUAAAUAAUCCAUAAAUAUCACAUCUAAUAUAUUUGACAUUAUUUUAAUAAUCAUAAACAACACUAUCUUGAACAUUAUAAUUUGAUGUUUAUUUUCCA